AUGAGAGGAAUUGCAUUCACUGUACUCUCUUUGGCUUCUGCUGCCUCCAGUGUAUUGGCCAUCACUCGUCCAGGUUUCUCUUCUCCUAGACCUGCUGACGUGGAAGGUCAAUUCCCUCGUUUAGGCGCUUGUCCUGACCCUCAUGCUUGUAUCUUCCCUCCUGAUGUAUCCACCUUCAUCCCUGGUGCUUACUUUGAUAUCCGUGUGGAGCUUCAUGCUUAUGACAAGGAUACCUCCAAGCCUACACCUGCUGCUUACAAGGAAUUCAAAACUACCAUCCGUAAGGGUAAGGGUAAGUGGCACGACAUCAAUGACUACUUCAAGGUCAAGUCUCAUCCCAAGAUUGAGAACUGGAACUUCAAUUGGGUUGACUCCAUUGACACCAUGUACUCUGACCUGCUUAACAACACCAACAAGCCUAUCAAUGUUAAUGUCGCCUCUCGUGCCUGGAGAAAGCUUAGACUUACUGAACCUGGAGAGUACGAAGUCAAAGUGCAAUAUGGUCCCAAAUCUUCUUACACUGCCAAGUAUUUGGUGGUUGAGCCCAAGAAGCCCAAGAAGAAGGCAAAGAACGUCAUCUUGUUCAUCUCUGAUGGUACCAAUGUGGGUAUGAUCACUGCUGCUCGUGCCCUUGCUCGUAAGCACACAUCUGGUAAAUACGAGAGCUUGCUUUCCUUUGAAGAUUUCGACAACUUGGGCCAUGUCAUUACCAAUUCUGUUGACAGUUUGCUCACUGAUUCUGCUAACUCUGCUUCUUCUUAUGCUACUGGUCAUAAGAGUUCAGUCAGUGCUUUGGGUGUCUAUGCUGAUUCCUCUGCCAGUCCUUUUGAUGAUCCCAAGGUAGAGCUCAUUACUGAAUUGAUCCGUCGUCGUCAACCCAAGAAGGCUAUUGGUAUCGUCUCUACUGCUUAUGGCCAAGAUGCUACUCCUGCUGCUUUCACUUCUCACACUCGUCAAAGAUCUAAGGCUGCUGAAAUCACUGACCAACUCUUGCACGGUGUUGGUAACUGGACCAAGGCUGUUGUUCCUGAUGUCUGGUUAGCUGGUGGUGCCGAGUAUUUCUCUGGUAACAAGUCAUUGAACCAAAACAACUACUUGAAUGGUUUCAAGAAGGCUGGCUACAAUGUCGUUCUCAACAAGAAGGACUUACUUGCCAACAAGAAGAAGCAAGAUAAGCUUUUGGGUGUCUUCCGUCAAGGCAAUCUCGAUGUCUGGUUUGAAAGAAACUUGUACGUCAACAACACUGUUGGCAACAAGGCUGGUCCUGACAUGAGUGGCAAGGAUGCUCUUGGUUCUGAUCAACCUGGUCUCGCUGAUAUGACUCUUUCUGCAUUGGAAGUCUUGAAGAAGCGUGGUGGUAAGGAUGGUUUCUUUAUGAUGUCUGAAGCUGCCUCUGUCGAUAAGCAAUUGCAUACCUUCGAUUUCCCUCGUGCUUGGGCUGAACUCAUUGAACUCGAUGUUACUAUCCAAAAGACUGUCCAAUGGCUCAAGAAGAAUGGUGAAUAUGACGAUACCUUGAUUAUUGUUACCGCUGAUCAUGCUCAUGGUUUCGAUGUGUGGGGUUCUGUUGAUCAACGUUACAUUCGUACCCAUGAUGGUCAAAUCGACAUGCGCAACUCUAUUGGUGUCUAUGCUCAAUCAGGCUGGCCUGGUUACUUCGAUAACAACAAGGAUGGUUUCCCUGACAACUGGUCUCCUGAAAUUACUUUGGCUGCUGGUACCAACAAUGGCCCUGGUCAUUUCGAGGCAUGGCAAACUACUACCACUGGUCCCCGUAAGCCCACUGUCGACGGUGCUCAUGCUGGUGAUUAUGUUGGUAACCCCAAAGAUGCUGCUGGUAAGAACGGUCAUGGUCUUCCUUGGUCUAGCAACCUUCCUCUCGGUGAAUCACAAGGUGUUCACUCUAUGAGUGAUGUCUUUGUUUACUCUAACGGUCCUAGCUCUGAUCUCUUCAAGAAGACAAUUGAAAAUUGGGAACUCUACUUUAAGAUGGCCGAAGCUAUGGAUUUGCUGCGUCCUUCCAAGCAUGAAUAA